UUGUGUUGUAAUAUGCCUUUGACUGAACAAUUUGUGCGUAAUUUGCAAAGAUUUCGGCUGGUGACCUUUGACGUAACCGAUACGCUUAUAAAGCUGAAGGAUCCUGUUACACAAUAUCUACAAACAGCAGCAGCAUGCGGUGUAAGAGACAUAAACAGAACCAACUUCGAGCGCUGCUUUCGACAACAAUUCAAGCUGAUGAGCGAGCAGCAUUCAAAUUUUGGAUGUCAUACAAUUGGAUGGCAAAACUGGUGGCGCCAAUUGGUAAUAAAUACAUUUAACUGUGCAGAUGCUACUGUCCCGCAGGAUAAGCUGCCAGCAAUUGCCGAGCAUCUAUUGAAUGUAUUUCGCACCAGCGCCUGUUGGAGUCAUGUUGACUGUGCUGCGGAUUUGGUGCAGUGCGUGCGCGGCAUUGGCAAAAGCGUGGGGGUUAUAUCCAAUUUUGAUGCAUCAUUGCCCAAAGUGCUCAAAGCUAUGGACUUCGACGAUAAAUUUGAUUUUGUAUUGACAUCGUACGAAGCCGGGGUAAUGAAGCCGGAUCCCAGCAUAUUUGAAAUUCCAGUAAAAAUGCUUAGUAUAGAGCCAAACCAGGCACUGCAUAUAGGGAACAAGUUUGACAUGGAUUACAUUGGUGCACGGCAGAGCGGUUGGAGCAGCUUACUGGUGCAGUCACAGUUCGAGCCGGCGACCAGUGAAGAGGCACGCCGCCAUAGUUAUCCCAGCAUUGCCCAAAUGCUCUAUGCGCUGGAAUUUGAAGAGAUUAAUUGGUAAGCUCAAAAAGCUCCCUCCUUGCCAUUGUGAUGCUGCCAUAGCAGUAGAGUAGAACCUCGUUAAAUGUAUUAAGAAUUUAAUAAAA